AUGACUGUCGUUUCCUGGAAUGAUAUCGGUGCCAAGAAGCGGUCCGCCCUUCUUGCAAGCUUCCCGGCAGACCUUCUUGUUCCCGGCACAGUGCUACCGCCAGAUUCCCAGCAUGACGUCCGAGAGUGGCCGCAGACAUCGGGCUGGUUCACUGCCGAAGAGCUCAGCAUAACAGGUGCUACUGCUACUGAGCUUCUCGGGAGGUUGGCCUCUGGUGAGGUGACGGCAGAAGCUGCCGUACGAGCAUUCUAUAAACGCGCAAUCGCGGCGCACCAGCUAACCAACUGUCUCUCCGAGAACUGCUUCGAGCGUGGACUCGCCCGCGCAAAGGAGCUCGAUGCCGAAUUUGCACGCACCGGAAAGCCCACAGGCCCCCUCCACGGCCUCCCCAUUUCUCUCAAGGACAACAUCAACGUGAGAGGUCUAGACUCCACCGUCGGUUUCACCUCGCACGUUUCCGACCCGGCCAGCUCCGAUGCCGCCCUCGUCACCAUCCUGGAGGCUGCCGGCGCCGUCCUCUACGUCAAGACCAAUGUGCCCACUGCGAUGAUGAUCGCCGAGACGGUCAACAACGUCUUCGGACGCACGACCAACCCUAUCAACCGCCGCGUCACCCCCGGCGGCAGCUCCGGAGGCGAGGCAGCUCUGAUCACCUUUGGUGGCAGCCCACUGGGUGUGGGCACCGACAUAGGCGGAUCCCUCCGCAUUCCAGCCGCCUGCUGUGGUCUCUUCACCCUGCGCGCAUCCGGCGGUCGCUUCCCAGUGCGCAACUGUCGCUCCGGCAUGCCGGGUCAAGAGGCCGUCAUGUCCGUCAACGGUCCCCUGGGUCGUACGCUUGACGAUAUCUCCAUGUAUACGCAGGCCGUUCUGGCCGGACAGCCCUGGCUGUACGAUGCCAAGUGCCUGUCCAUCCCCUGGCGGCCCGUGGAGCCGCUGCCUCCUUCCUUGAAGAUUGCCGUGCUCUGGGACGACGGUGUCAUCCGUCCUGCGCCUCCGAUUGCGCGUGGUCUACGUACCGCCGUCGAUAAACUGCGGGCCGCCGGCCAUACGGUCAUCGACUGGGACCCCGUCGAUCAAAAGGCCGGAGCCUCCCUUCUUCGUCGCAUGUUCUUGGCCGACGGAGGCUUAACCAUCCGCCACGAGGUUCUCCGCGGCGGAGAGCCGUGGCGGCCCGAGAUGAAGGCGUAUGAAGAGGCCGAGGAGCUCGGAACCGCUGAUAUGUGGAAAUUGCACUUGGAACGGAGUGCCUUCCAGAACCGUUACCUCGACCGCUGGAAUGCCGCUGGGAUCGACGCGAUCCUCUGCCCUACCAUGCCGUCUGUUGCUGUCAAGCAUGGGGAAACACGAAACUUUGGCUACACCGGCGUCUUUAACGUGGUCGACUACUCCGUCGUCUCUUUUCCAACGGGGCUGACCGUUGACAAGAACACGGAUGAGAAGGAAGAGCGAACCGAGUAUCUAAGCGAGGACGACAGGCUUGUCACUGAGGAUUAUGAUCCCGAGACGUUUCAUGGAUUGCCCAUCAACCUUCAGCUGGCAGCAAGGCGGUUGGAGGAAGAAAAAGUUCUUGCCAUGACAAAGGUUGUUCUCUCAGCCUUGUCUGCCUGA